AUGGGCCAAUGGAAACCAGGCCUUCCCUGCAAGUUGAACUCUAGUAUCGGUUACGCAACUAGUCUCUUAUUCCCGGAAUGUCUACCCGAGAGGUUAGAUACAGUCACCAUGGUACUGGAACUACGUACAAUAUAUGAUGACUUGGUUAAUAAAGGUGAAAUACAGGAAGCAGAGGAGCUUCAGCGCAUACUAGUAUUGAUCCUGCGUACCGCCCAAGGGCACCAUACUCACAAGUUGAAACGCAGCUCAAAGGAGCAGCGGUCAGCAUCGAAGAUGGCCGCUGGAUUCAAUGCCAAGUAUGGAGUUGAGUGGAAAGUCCUGAUCAAGAGGAUUUUGGACAACUGGACUCACCCGCUGAGCCACGAGGCGGAAAAAGAUCAAUCGCCCGAUGUUGAAGAGUGUAUUUCUCAACAGCUUGUGAGCAAGGGAACAAGAGCCACUCUGGGUGUCCUUGAAUUCUCACUUGGGUUUCUGUUAUCAGAAGCAGAGAAGAAAGGAAUCAAGCACAUUUUGGAUAUUGCCGAGAGAAUCAUCGCCAACACAAACGACUACUUUAGCUGGGAUGUUGAAAAGCACGAAGGCGACAAAGUGGAAAACGUGAUCAAAGUUAUGAUGGAGAAAGAGAGCAUAUCCGAGGAGGAAGCCAAAGAAAAGUUGAAGAUCGCAAUUCUGGACGAUGAAGCAAAGUAUCAGCUCUUAUCGGAUCAGUUUUUACAGCCACCCCAGAAAGUCUCCGCUCAUUUGCGCAGAUUCCUUGCCAUGCUUGAACUUCUACUUGGUGGUCAUCAUGCUUGGAGUGCUGCUUCUGAAAGAUACAAGAUUCAUAUUCUACCGAAUGGGAAAGAAGCCACAAUAAGUACGACUCGGCAUAAGUCUGAAAAUACCAGCUCCCAACACUUCAGCGGCACAAUCACAACGAGUACGAUCCUUGACGAUUCUGCGUUGAUGGAUCCAGUGCACUACAUCGAGUCCCUCCCGUCCAAGAAUAUGCGCAUAAAAGUCAUCGACGCCUUGAAUAUAUGGUUUAAACUUCCGAAUGACGAGUUAGAUACCAUCAAAGGCGCUAUUAACGACCUCCACAACUCAACCCUAAUACUCGAUGAUAUACAGGAUGCAUCCGGCCUACGAAGAGGGUUUGCCACAACACAUCAAGUCUUCGGCUCAGCGCAAUGCGUCAACAGUGCCACCUAUAUGGUAGCCAGAGCCCUAUCCCGGCUUGUCGCUCACCCGGACUCAGACCAGCAGCUAAUAAAGAUAUUCCUGGAGGGACUGAAGAAACUCGCAAUGGGUCAGAGCUGGGAUAUCGACUGGAAGGUGAAAGGGAAAUGUCCUUCCACAAAGGGGUAUAUGGCAAUGGUCGAUGGAAAAACCGGAGCCAUGUUUGAAAUGAUUAUCCGGAUGAUGGACCAUUUUUCAACAACUGCAAGCUGGCCGAUUAAAGAGCUGCUUCAGCUUAGCACAUCUCUCGGUCGAUGGUAUCAAGUACGAGAUGAUUAUCAGAAUCUGCAGGAUGAACAGUAUACGUUGCAGAAGGGAUUUUGUGAGGAUCUGGAUGAGGGGAAGUUGUCAUAUCCACUUACUGUUUGCUGUCAUCGUGAUCCAACGGCCGAGAAGAUCAUUAUGGGGAUUUUCCGACAAGCGAGUGGAGGCCCGCUGGCUGUCAAUGUUAAGGAACAGAUUCUUGAUUUGUAUCGACUUACUGGUGCACUUCAAGAAACAUGGGAGAUGAUUGAACAUUUGAAGAAGAGUACUGAGACCGCGCUUUCAAGAUUUGAAAAAGUCACCGGCGAACGAAAUCCAGAUUUUCGUGCACUUAUUAAUCUUUUGGGCGAUGUAUCACGCCCUUUGCAGAAGUUGAGCAAAAGGGGUCAGGAUUAA